AAACAUAAAUGCUCCUCUCUCCCUUCUCUUCUUGCCUUGUGUUUUCUUGCUUAAACUAGUCCCAAUGCUCUCUCUCUCUCUCAAAAUCUCUCUCUAGUACUCCCUUUUUUGUAGGUUGUUGAGGGCUCAUUUCUUUUUAUUUUCUUGAUGGAUUUUGGUGUGGAUGCUGUGGGGUUUGCUGCUUCAGAUACUACUACUAGUACUCUCUUUUCUGAUGCUCCUGAUGCUAAGCUGAAGCUCUAUGGAUCUGGAAGCUUUAAGCAGCAGAGAAGUGGUGAAGAUGAGUGGAAGGAUUUUAGAAAGGUGGCUAAGAUGUGUAAUGAGAAUGCUGGUGACUUGUAUGGCUCAAAAAAUGUGUUGCAAGAGAGAUCCAGUAAGAGUAGCAGCUCUUUGUUCUCUGAUGGCCAAAUGCUCAGCUUCUCUUCUCCAAAUUUACAGCCCUAUUCGUAUUUUAAUGGUUCAUCAACUUCACCUUACUCCAGAAAUGGAGGCUAUGGUUCUGGAGGCUUGAGUAGUGGAAACAUGCAUGGAAUAUUAACAGGGCCCUUCACUCCAUCACAAUGGAUGGAGCUGCAGCAUCAGGCCUUGAUCUACAAGUAUAUCACUGCUAAUUCCCCUGUACCUUCUAAUCUGCUCAACCCUAUCCGAAAAGCUCUUGAUUCUGCUGGUUUCUCGAGCUUUCCAGGAGCCUAUCUGAGACCCAACACUUUGGGAUGGGGUGCUUUUCAUUUGGGAUUUUCCAACAACACUGAUCCUGAGCCAGGGAGGUGUCGUCGGACUGACGGCAAGAAAUGGCGAUGCUCGAGAGAUGCUGUUCCUGACCAAAAAUAUUGUGAGCGGCAUGUCAACCGAGGACGUCAUCGUUCAAGAAAGCCUGUGGAAGGUCAAUCUGGCCAUUCCGUCUCCGGAACCACCAACACCACCGCUAAGUUUCUCCCCACGUCGUCUGCCUCGGUGGUUCCGGCCAACGGUACAUCCAACAAUAUUGGCCUCUCGCACCACCAACUUAACAACUUGCAGCAUGGUGCAUCUAAUCCUUCUGCAACUCCUCAUCUUAACAGAAAUUACCCAAACAAGACAAGUGUUGAUGAGAAAAUACAAGAUAGAACUGGACUCUCCAUGCUAUCUUCAGACAUUGGUCUGAAAGAAAAUCAAUUUUUGACUCAAAAACAGAUGAAUUUUUAUCAAGAACCCUCCAGGAGUGAAUUUGGACUUGUGUGUUCUGAUUCACUGCUCAACCCGUUCCAGAAAAGCACUUCCAUGAUAAGCUAUGAUUCAUCUAAAGACAUCAUUGACAGCCAAAACAAAUCACAGCAUUCGCUUCGACAGUUCAUGGAUGAUUGGCCGAAGAACCAGACUGAGCACUCAUCCAUCUCCUGGCCUGCAAUAGACAUGCAAUCAGACCGUACCCAACUCUCUAUAUCAAUACCAAUGGCUGCUUCGGACUUCAUGUCAUCAACUUCAUCUCCCACUAACGAAAAUCGUGCUGUAUCACCCUUGAGGCUGUCACGCGACCUUGACUCAACUCAAAUGGGGCUAGGAAUGAAUGGAAUGUUCUCUGAAACAGACCAGAGGCAAGCGAAUUGGAUCCCUAUAGCUUGGGAAAACUCCAUGGGCGGACCACUUGGAGAAGUACUACAUAGCACCAACAAUAGUGCAGACUGCAACAACGCUUCCGCUCUUAAUCUAAUGACCGAGGGAUGGGACAGUAGCCCUCGCCUGGCCACGUCUCCGACAGGAGUCCUCCAAAAGACCACAUUUCAUUCCUUAUCUAACAGCAGCGCAGGAAGUAGCCCAAGAACUGAAAAUAACCUUCUCGGUAUGCAUCAGCUCAGUUCCUCAAUGCCGACGUUAUAAUCAUCUGACUUCAAGUUUAUAAGAUUUACUUAGGUACGCAAAAAGUAAUCUUUGCACUUAUCAGUUUCCAAGCAAAUAAGAACUAUUAACCUUCGCAGUCUAGUGUCCUUUAAGUUCUUUAGUUCUGUAAUAUUAUUUUCGGGUUCUCUUCGUUCUUUUCAUCAUUUUCGAGUUUGUUCAAGCACAACAAGAUUGAAACCAAACAUUGUAUCUGUGAAUCAAUGGCUGUGCCUUCAAGCUGUGCUUUGUUAUACCACUUUUUCCAUGUGGUUUUAUUUGGUAAA